AUUCAUCAUCUUCUGUCACGUUUGUUUCCUGCACACCGCUCUGAUCCGCUGCAGUGGAUCCUCCACAGCUACAGCCGACUGGAUGACAUGACACCAGCAUGUUUCCAUGAGAUAAAACAGGAAGCAAGGCUAAAAACUGACCAUGAGCAGGAUGUGAGUGACACAGCUCCGCAUCCAAAACAGCAACUGGGAAAUGUAGAGGACGGAACAUUUCUGUUUGAUGCUGUGGUGCCGUCAAAAAGAAAUUCAGUCCUGUCCUUAAAAGUGAUCCGGAUUUCAGUCCCGGAGGAUCACCACGUCUGUCUGCAGUGUGGCGGGUCCGACAGCUCUGACGUGGUCUGGACUCAUCGGGACAGGGUGGUGGUGACUCGACGUGGCAGUUACGAGGCCAAAGACGACCGCCAACGCUACAUCCUGGAGCCCGACGGCAGCCUCUGCCUCAAGCGGCUCGACGAAUCUGACAGCGGGAAGUUCCGCUGUAACCAGCGGCUGGUGGCCGAGCUGCAGGUGCUAACAGGCCUUGAUUUCGCUGUGUCUGCAGGCCGGACGCUGCUGCUCCCCUGCAACGGCUCCUUCAGAAUUCAGAAGAAGUGGUCCCACCGGAGGGAAGGAGCGCGGUGGGUGACCAUCCUCACCCGGUUCAAAAACGGCACGGUGCGAGCAGAGAGGUCGCGGCUCAGCCUCGGGAACGACGCCCUGCAGAUCGAGGACCUGCAGCCGGAGGACGCGGGAGGGUAUAAGUGCAACGGGGUGCUGAUGGCCAGACUCACCGUCCUGACAGUGCAGCCGGAGUCGACCAGCAUCGAGCACACCACCGGUACGAUCACAACAACUGCUGUCACAGAUGUGGUUGAAACAAAGACGGAGGAGGAGAAGAAGAGACCUGAGAAUGCGCUGCUGAUGGUUGCUGUCGUGGGGUUGGCGGUAAUGAUUGUCCUCAUGGUCGCCCUCUGUGUUUUACUGACCGGCAUGAAGUGCAGGAGGAAGAAGAAACGCAGAUGUGCAGCCCAGAGACAUGAAGACACGGAGCUGCAGCCAUGGAAUACGUCCAACACGCAAACCGAGCGGGAGGUCCCCGAGAGUCCGUCCCUGCCGGAGGAGACUAUCCAUUACGCUUCUCUGGGCCGACAGAACUGGAGGGAGAGACCCAGCAGGCCUCCACCGGACCAGAACCACCACGACGUCAUCUACUCUUCGGUCAUCACCAGACCGGCCGCCCAACAGAAACGCUUUCUGCUGCAUCCCGUCGCAGCCAUCUGACAGUCAGGAGUGCAACGAAAUGUUAAAUAUGAAACCAUGAGAGGCUGUUUUUCAUCUUAACCUACAUGUUAAUGCACUUUCCUACAGUACUGUAUGUAUUCCAAUGUGAUUAAAACACUGAUUUAUGUACCGUGUAUACCUAUUUUAACUUAACUCAAUUGCCCCUUUAAGUGAAAUUUCCCUCGCACAGCUAUUAAAAAUACAUCAGUACAUGAA